AAAGUCCCGGAAGUCGCUCCUGCCUGUCAGAAGGCGGUGUUCUCUCUGCAGCAGGGAAGCCCGGAAUCCCGCUCGCCGGCGGAGUGGAGCAGGGAGGGCCGAGUCGGGACUGGGGGGCGGGCGGCCGGCCUGGGGCGAGGGUGUCCCGAGGCUGCCGCUGUCUGGCCCGGAGGUGGCCAUUCAUUCCUGGAGCGCAGCUGAAGCGUGAGGGCCCCUUCCGUGCCCGGCCUUGAAGGAGCCACCCUGCGCUUACCCGGGGCUGUGCCGGCCUUCCGAGAGCGGAGGGCGACCCUCUUCGGACACCCCGCGGCUCAGGUGACCGCGGCCAUGGCUUUCCCCCACCGGCCGGACGCCCCAGAGCUGCCUGACUUCUCCAUGCUCAAGAGGCUGGCCCGGGACCAGCUCAUCUAUCUGCUGGAGCAGCUUCCAGGAAAAAAGGACUUGUUCAUUGAGGCCGAUCUCAUGAGCCCUUUGGAUCGAAUCGCCAGCGUCUCCAUCCUAAAGCAACACGAAGUAGACAAGCUGUACAAGGUGGAGAACAAGCCAGUCCUGAGCUCCAGUGAACAGAGCUCCGGGUACCCCAGAGGGGCCACAUGCUGGGCACAGUGUCCCUGCUGUCGGGAGGGGAGUCCGUGGUCAGAGCAGGCCCGGCUGUGGCGAGGCUGGGAACGGUCGGCCGGGCGAGAGGAGCAGAUGGUGAAAGAAUUGUGUUUCUUGGUCAGACCCCGCAUCAAGAACAUGCGAUACAUAGCCAAUCUCGUCAAUGCUGACAAGUUGGCCGGCCGAACGCGAAAAUACAAAGUGAUCUUCAGCCCUCAGAAGUUUUAUGCCUGUGAGAUGGUGCUUGAGGAAGAGGGGAUCUAUGGAGAUGUGAGCUGCGACGAAUGGGCCUUCUCUUUGCUGCCUCUCGAUGUGGAUCUGCUGAGCAUGGAGCUCCCUGAAUUUUUCAGGGACUACUUCCUGGAGGGAGACCAGCGCUGGAUCAACACUGUGGCCCAGGCCCUGCACCUCCUCAGCACUCUCUACGGCCCCUUUCCGAACUGCUACGGGAUCGGCAGGUGCGCCAAGAUGUCACAUGAAUUGUGGAGGAACCUGGAGGAGGAGGAGGACAGUGAAACCAAAGGCCGGAAGCCAGAAAUUGGCCACAUCUUCCUCCUGGACAGAGACGUGGACUUUGUGACGGCACUGUGCUCCCAGGUGGUUUACGAGGGCCUGGUGGACGACACGUUCCGCAUCAAGUGUGGGAGCGUCGACUUUGGCCCAGAAGUCACAUCCUCUGACAAGAGCCUGAAGGUGCUGCUCAACGCCGAGGACAAGGUGUUUCAUGAGAUUCGGAACGAGCACUUCUCCAACGUCUUCGGCUUCCUGAGCCAGAAGGCCCGGAACCUGCAGGCCCAGUACGACCGCCGCCGAGGCAUGGACAUCAAGCAGAUGAAGAACUUCGUGUCCCAGGAGCUGAAGGGCCUGAAGCAGGAGCACCGCCUGCUGAGUCUGCACAUCGGGGCCUGUGAGUCCAUCAUGAAGAAGAAGACCAAGCAGGACUUCCAGGAGCUCAUCAAGACCGAGCAUGCGCUGCUGGAGGGCUUCAGCAUCCGGGACAGCACCAGCUACAUCGAGGAGCACAUCGACCGGCAGGUGUCGCCCAUAGAAAGCCUUCGCCUCAUGUGCCUCUUGUCCAUCACCGAGAAUGGUUUGAUCCCCAAGGAUUACCGAUCCCUGAAGACACAGUAUCUGCAGAGCUAUGGCCCCGAGCACCUGCUGACCUUCUCCAACCUGCGGCGCGCGGGGCUCCUGACGGAGCAGGCCCCCGGGGACACCCUCACCGCUGUGGAGAGCAAAGUGAGCAAGCUGGUGACAGACAAGGCUGCAGGAAAGAUCACUGAUGCCUUCAGCUCUCUGGCCAAGAGGAGCAAUUUUCGUGCCAUCAGCAAGAAGCUGAAUUUGAUCCCGCGUGUGGAUGGCGAGUACGAUCUGAAGGUGCCACGCGACAUGGCGUAUGUCUUCAGUGGCGCUUAUGUGCCCCUCAGCUGCCGCGUCAUUGAGCAGGUGCUGGAGCGGCGGAGCUGGCAGGGCCUGGACGAGGUGCUGCGGCUGCUCAACUGCAGCGAGCUGGCCUUCACAGGCGGGACCAAGGAUGACAAGGCUCCCAGCGAGUCCCUGCGCCUCAUCCUGGUGGUGUUCCUGGGGGGCUGCACCUUCUCCGAGAUCUCAGCCCUGCGGUUCCUGGGCAGAGAGAAAGGGUUCAGGUUCAUUUUCCUGACGACAGCAGUCACCAACAGCGCUCGCCUCAUGGAGGCCAUGAGCGAGGUGAAAGCCUGAAGCUGCCCCUGGAUGCGCUCCCCAGGGGCUGCAGGAGGGGGUGCAGCUGCCGACUCCAGGCCCCCCCCCCGCCAGCCACCCUGCUCCAGGCUGGGGAACCGGACUUGUUUGGGAUUUAGGGGACACAUCAGAGGAGGGAGUCCCCUGCCCAAGGAUGUUUUCCUGUUUUGGUUAUGAAGUACAGCCCAUGCUGAGAAGACAUGGAGGAGGAGGAUCUUUUGCUACAUCCUGUUUGAGUCUCAUUGUAAAUAAAGCCUCUAUGUUCAAUGUCA